UGCGGAGGUGGUGCUGGUUCCAUGCCAUUGGUGUGGGAAUGGGUCGCCCAGUGACCGGGGAGGAAAAGCACACACUUCCCAGCAUGGGUGUCUGGAGUAGCUGCUUCCAGUCUGGAGGUGAUCCGGUAUGCCAAAGAGAUCCCGGCUGGGCUGCCCACACCAGGAGGGAGAGGAGCCAGGGCUGUGGCCGGGCAUUGCCCACCAUGAGCGGGGCUGUCAGCCCUGGCACCCACAUCCUUGUGCUCCAGCUGGGCUUAGGGCACAGGAUAACGUCUCUGAGUCUGGGGGGCUGUUUGGAGGGUGGUUCUGCUCAGCUCAGCGCAGUGCAGCGUGGCUUGGUGCAGCCACACCAGGGCAGGCACCUCGGCACUGCAGGAAUGCAGAGAAGCAGGUUGUGCCUGGACACGUUGUCCUUGCCAGCCUGACAGAGGAGGGCAGCCCAAGCUGGACAUGGGUGGCUGUGCUGGGGGAGCCUGCAUCCUCAUCAAUGCACCCCAAGAGUGUGUAUUGGCCUUGGGUCUGAGCCUCUGGCACCGACCUGAGCUCUAAUGCCCAACACAGGGACUCAUCCCUGCUUUGUUUGGGGAACAUUUUGCACCCCUGAGCCAACCUGAGGAGCCCUCCUUGAGCUGGGCACAGGGUGCAAGGGCAGCAGGGGCAGCCAUUGGGCUGUAGGCAGCGCUGGAAGCGAGGGCUUCUGCUGCAUGGGCAUCCAACUGCCUGCUGGCACCCUCCACCACCCCGGCGAGUGCCUGGUGCUGGGUGAGCAAGGGUCUUGCCCAGGUGCCCACAGUGUCUGGGCUGCAGACACUGCUUGUGCAUUUGUGCAGCACCGAGAACAACCCAGCCCCUCUUUCUGUGGGGGGCUACGAGCACAGCUCUGGCUGGGGGCCCUAGCUUGCCCUGUCCUUGCCCAGCGAGAACACUGCCACCCUGCACUGCUGGCACUGUCCCCAGGCUCUCUGCAGAGAGCUGUAGGAAGCCACCCCCAGGGAGCAGGGCAGGGGGGGCUCUGGUGGCACUGGGACCGUCCACAGCUGUCCCCACGCAUCGCCAGCCCUCUGUAGACCCUUUCCAGGUCAGAAGGCAGCAUGUCCCCCUAGGCAGGGCACAGGGACAGCCAGCCUCCCCCAGGCUGCUCGCCCGUCACAGCGCAUCAGGCGGAUGUGCUGUGUGCCAGGGCAGCUGCUGAGUGGGAGGGGUACAGAAUGCGGGGCCUGGGGUCCCCACGCCGGCACACGCAGGACUGCUGAUGUUGCAGCCCAGGCUCAGCAUGGCCACGCGCGGUGCUGUGGGUGACGCUGGGACGGGCCGUGGGUUGCACCCAGGAAGUCAGGCAGGCAAGUGAGCAGCUGACGGUGAUGGCAGCCUGGUCGGGGCUGCUGUGGGAAGGAGCAGAGCUGCAGCACCCUGGCCUCCACCGUGCUCUUUCCUGCACUGGUUCAAGGGUGGGAGUGGGAAGCUGUGGAGCAGCCCCGGAACAGCCCCGGAGCCUGCGAGGGGCUGAGUACCGAGGGAGCGGCAGGGAGCAGAGCCCCCGAUCACCCACCUUGGUGGAGCGAUGGCCAACAGCGUGUGAGCCCCUCGCUGCCCGUGGCGGCCACCCGCCCUGUGCCCUGGCGCAGAGGAUGCCUGUCGAGGCGCUGCAAGCUGGCGAUGCCAUGAAGGGGGUGACGGCGCCCUUCACCUCGGCCAUGCCCAUCCGCAUACUCCGCAAGGGUCCUGCCUAUUUCCGCCGUCGAGCCGAGCCAGGCACCACCAAGCCCAGCGCUGUGGAACGGCUGGAGGCCGACAAGGCCAAGUACGUGAAGAGUCAACGGGUUGCCAGCACCAAGCAAGAGCCGGUGAAGCCGCCGCUGCUCAGGCAGCCCCUCUUCACCCCAGGGGUGCGCCGGACUCCUCUCACCCCGAGCCGCAGGGGGCUGCGCCACGCUGAGACCGGCAGCUCGAAGACCUCGCUCGACCUGGAGAUCCUCAACAACCUCAUCAACCUCUGCGACAGCCCAUUCCCCAAGGCGGAGAGCCCGCUGGGCCGGGAGUGCAAGUGGAGGGUGGAGACGCCGACAGUGCUGGGUGGCAGGGCGGAGGGUGCUGGCAAGCUGCCGGAGAGCCCCGCCACAGCCAAGCCGCCGGAGAAUCUCAGCGCGAUCAAACCCCCCGGCAGUGUGGCUGUACGGAGGGUGGAUGUCCAUCCCUGCGGGACUCCACGGGGCCAGGCAACGCCAGUGCCCGCAUCCCCCAUGCUGGGCAGGCUGCCCACUGCCCCGGCACGGAGCUCACCUGCCCGCCCCGAGAGUGCCCGCCGGCAACCCCUGCUGCACCGCUCCAAGUCAGACCUGAGCGACCGGCUCUCGCGGGCCACCGCCGACCUGGAGCGCUUCUUCAACUACUGUGGCCUUGACCCAGAGGAGGUGCAGGACAUGGGCGCCGAGCGCUUCGCCCGCGCCAGCUCCGACAUCGUGUCCCUCAAGUUUCACAGCGUGAGCACAGCCAGCUCGGAGGGUGGCCACUCACCACCCAGCACUGCCACGCCGGAGGGGCGGCCGGCUGAGCGUGUCCCCUACGGCAUCUCCAUCAUCGAGCGCAAUGCCCGCGUCAUCAAGUGGCUCUACGGGCUGCGCCAGGCCAGGGAGCCUCAGCAGGUCUCCAACGUGUAGCACUGGCGGUGCUGGACACUGGGGACCAGUUGUGAGCAGGCGAUGCUGGACUGGGGGCAACCGCUGGCCCAGUCUGUGGAGUCACAGAAGCACUGGGAGAGCCCUGGUGUGGCUGGACAUCCUUUCUGCUGGUUCUGGCUCUGUCAGACCCCGUGCUGGCACUGGAGAGCCAGGUGCCUGUGAGCCUGCAGGAGGACAGAGGACAUGUGUCCCCUUCUUGGUCCCCAGUGCCCUCUCCUUACCUCUACCUGUGAGAGCCUGUGUGUGGUCGACCUGCUGGAAGCUCCUGCUUCAUGACAGCACCCAUGAAUGGGGGACAAGGGGCCGGAUUCCCCCCCACCCAGAGCAAGGACACAGCCCCAGGGAAGGACUUCCCCUUGUGAUGGGGCCACACUGCUCAGGGUGGGCAUCGUGUCCUGGUGGUCCCUGUCUUAACGCUGAUGAUCUGGGAGAAGCUGGGUGCUUCACAGCAGGGGCAAAAAUGACUCCCUGCUUCGAGCAGCCCAGGGCUGGGUGUGUGUGGGUGUCUGUGAGCGCCUGUGUGCCCUCCUGGAUGCCAGCAGGCGCACAGCCUCGGCACUCUGGGCUCUGGUAUUUAUGAAGACUAUGGUUGUUGGUCUUUUCCUCAUUUCUACUGUUUUUCUUGAUGUUUGAUAUGUAAAUAACGAUAACCCAGCGGGUUUUAUUAAAUCUUUGUG